ACAACUCACACACCAUAUACACUCUCUCUACUUUCUCUCUCUAAAAACGUUUUCUCUCUCCUCUCGAUCUCCCAAAAGCGUGUUAAAUCUCUUAACACUCAACACACCCUCAAUUUGGCGGACUAAGCCAUGGGAUCGUGGAUAGUCUCCACCGGGCGGCAUUAAAUAGCCGACGACGCUCAAUUACGACCGUGGGACCGAACCAGGUCUAACGUCACCGUAUUUAUUUUAUUCCAUUCAGGUUACUAAUUUGAGCGUCGGAGGAGGUUCCAACCAGGACCCCCCCGGUGGGACCUUUUUUUCAAGUAUUCGCACGGAGCUGGAGGUGGUUAAAGGCUUUGGGAAAUCAGCGCUCUCCGGACCUUAAACAUAUUGAAGCAGGCUGCUCUAAGCUUGGCAUCAACAAUUGGCGCCCACCGUGGGGCCCGGUGAGAAGAAUAUUUCCAAAGUUUUAACAAACCACCUUCAAGCCGUGAUGAAUACCCAAGGUUCUCCCAGUAUUCCUACCAUUGAAGCAGUGCGUCGCUCUUUAAGAGUAAUCGAGACUGGGGGCAACCCAACCCCCCGUUCACCACUCAGCGAUGCACCGAGUCAAAAUACAGAGCCUCGAGUGGUGCCACUUGCACAGAAUACCUCCAUUCCGGCACCAGAAGCAAUACCCAUCCCUACUCCGCCACAAGUACGUGAGAUGCAGGUUGAGAUUGAGCGACUUAGAGCUCAACUCAGGGCCAAAGAAGCCUCCCAGAUUAAUGCUCCUGGAUCUUCCAGAGGACCCGUAACAAAUAAUCAGGAGAGAGUUGCAGCCCAUGGCUCGGUCAACGAACCACCCAAUGGGAUGUCAGCACCUGUUGGAUUAAUCGCUCCGAGUCUCUCAGCCAAUCUGCUCGAACCUUCCCCAGGACACGGAGUUGUCACUUCAACCGGAAUAGGAGGACCUCUAUCCAGAAUCGUGCAGGAUGAGCCCUACCCAUCAAAUCUUCAUUUACCAAGCUUGCCAGAAUAUUAUGGCACCACAGAUCCAGAAGACCACCUUUGCUCUUUUCAAAUCCUAAUGCCAUUAAUCGGAGCAUCUGAUGCAACAAUGUGCAAAAUCUUCCCAGCAACACUCCGUGGAGAUGCCCGACGAUGGUACUCAAAGUUACAAGAUGGUAUUAUCUCCAGUUUCUUCGAAUUUGCCACUCUCUUCAUAUGCAAAUUCUACGCACAAAAAAAACAACCUAUCAGCAUCCAUCAACUCCUCAGCAUCAGGCAGCGUGAUGAUGAGACACUCAAGGCUUACUAUACUCGAUAUAGUAACAUCGCCAUCGGACUAACGUCCAUUUCCACUGAGAUCGCCACCAAUGCCCUGAUGCGAGGGACUAUCAACACUGAUUUAUAUGCUUCUCUUGCAAAACGGGCUCCCCACAACACUAUGGAGCUUCAAGAGCAAGUUUCAAAAUAUAUUGAUCUAGAAGAAGCACUUCAGGAGGUUAGUCGGGCAGGAUCCAAAAGAAAACAAGAGACUUCAUCCCAAGAUUCCCGCCGACAACGUCAAGCUCCUGCAGCCGAGGGCCGAAACUCUUCCCAAAAUUCCAGAAGGGAAGAUACCCAGUUACAACAAAGCUAUACUCCUCUCAAUCGCUCUAGACAAGCCAUUCUUCAUAUCAUUCGAGAGAAGAAAAUUCCCAUUACUCAACCUCCUCCAGUUAUGAGGGUUUCAGGAAAGGGCCAACAAUUCUACUGCGAAUUUCACCGAUGUACGGGACAUGAUACCGAAAGCUGUUACACCCUCAAGCACUCUAUUGAAAGACUUAUCCAACGAGGCUAUCUUCGAGACUUCGUAAAGAAUAUUCGUCCCCCUAUUCUCCCUUCACCUCCAAUAAUAGACAAAGGAAAAGCACCACAGGGAAGUGAAUCGGUGUUGGGAAAUGUUCCUGUCAUUCAUGGUGGGGUCAAAUUAACCGAACAAGUUGGUUCUCGCUCAACUGGUGCCCUAAGGUUGGUCGGUUCCGCUUCUACCACACAAAUUCCCAUAUCUUUCGACGAUAGGGAUCUUGAAGAUAUCGAGUAUCCUCAUGAUGAUGCCUUAGUCAUUAAGGCAGUAAUUGCAAACUAUUCUGUGCAACGAGUCCUCAUCGAUGGAGGAAGCUCUGCAGAUCUUUUAUUCUACCCAGCUUUCAAGUCCAUGGGUCUUCAACUAAACAAAUGUCACCCUCCUAGCAUUUACCUCGUGGGGUUCUCCGGAAAUCAAGUCCCAGUUCUGGGGAUUCUCCCACUCCAAGUUCGUAUUGGCAAUAACCAACAAACCGUAGAGAACACAAUCAACUUCCAUUAGAAGAAGGGCGAACCGUUCGUGUAUCCAUGGCAUGGCCUAAAAAUUAUCUCCCACAACUUCUUAGUUUGAUGAUCGAGUACAAAUAGCUCUUUGCUCAAGGACCUGAGGAUAUGCUUGGUCUUGAUUCAAAAGUUGCCGAGCAUACACUAGGGAUAAUCCCAGGUAGCAAGCCCAUCCAACAAAAACGAAGGAAUUUU